GUGGAGGAUUUCAUUGGAAACUUGCGCACGGCUGCUGUAAAUCUAAGUGUCACACCGGAGGAGCCCGGUGUCUCUCAGCCUCUCCCGCCGUCGUCCUUCCAGCGUUUCCUGCGAUCUCGGUCGAUCCCCGGUGUUGUUCUCGAGGAUCACCAGUCUUCGUUCACCAACAAGUUCUAUGAGAGUAUGUACGAUAACGGAGAAUACAUGAACAUGUCUUACCCUCCGAAUCUGACGCCAGAGGAGCAGCUGGAAUUUGUCACGGACAAAGCGAAGGCUCUGACGGAGGUGGCCACCCUGGUUGCUCGGGCUCUGUACAAGCAGGCGGGAGGAGCAGAAUCCAUGCUGGACAGCAUCAAAGCCGACCCUCAGAUCGUGACCCAGAUGCUGUAUGGUUUCCUUGUUCGGACAAAUAACUCCUGGUUCCAGCAGCUAAUCCCCUCGGACUUCAUGAGUCACCUGUCCAACAGACCGCCUAACUUGUACGUCGGUGCCAUCCAGCAGGCAAGUGAACCAACCGUUCUGGUGCAGUACCUGCUGGCCAACCUGACGGGCAGCACCGUCAACAUCAGCCGGGAAAACUGCCAGAGCCAGAGUGAGGAUGACGACGACAAGGAGAGCAGACAUAUGUACAGCUACAUGUGGGUUCAGGGUGCGGCCCCGCCCAACAGCACACAGCGGGAGGGUUACUGUGUCCGCUCCAGUGCCCGUCUCUCAAAAGCCGUGUCCCCGGCGUUCGACCUGCGGGAGUUCACCUCCAGAGAUUACUCCACGUGGACCGAGUCCCGGUGGAAGCCCUUCAAGGGACGCAUAUUCCUGGUGGCUAGUCACGAACUGGAGAUGUUGACGUUGGGUGUUGGCGUCGGCAUUUUGGUGACGUCCCUCCUUCUGACGUACUUUAUAAGCGCUAAGGCCGACAUACUCUUCAGCUCGGGGAGGGAAUCCACCAGCGCCACGUACUGAUCCACGCCCGAGGCGACGCAGGCCCACGACCACUAUUACUUCUACGAUUACUACUUUUACUUUUAUUACAGACGUUGACAGGACAUUUUCUUCAAAACACACAAUGGUUAGGUACACACAGGUGGGACACAGCAGCUGGAUGAGGGUGGGGGUGUGGGUGUGGUUAUUAGACGACGACUCCGUGGUUGUAGACUCGCGUCUGUGAGGCGCGAGACGAGGACUGGACCGAACUAGAUUGACCUGGGUGGAUCUGGACUCAUCAGGGUUAGAAAACGCUGGUCAGGCACCAGAGGACCCUGCCAGCGGAAAAAUAAGAUGUUUAUAUUUCUUUUGUUUUAGUUUUUUUUUUUUCUUUUUAUUGUCAAAGAAUGUUUCGGUUCACUGUGUCACGUGACAGGCACAAAAACAUGAAACGUUAAUUUGAGUGUGUGUGAUUGUGAAUAUGUAAAUGUGACUGAGUGUGUCCACAAGUGGCCGCGUGACUGAGUGCGUACGAUUAUUUGUAAGAGUGUGAGUGAGCUUUAUAUGAGGAUUGCGAUGGUGCACUACUGUAGCUGUCUUUUCUGUCAUGUAGUUAAAAUAUCACUCAGUUCUAAUGAUGAGAAACCACUUUGUGAGUCAGUGAACAAGUAGAAGCAUUUAAAUUUUCGUUUUGCAAAAUCUGGAAACGUAUGGUGAGCUGUUUAAUUUUAAUAAGUUCUAGAACCUGGGAGAAACGUCACUCUAAUUUAUAUUGUUCAAUCCCAGCACGUGUAAAACUACACAUGUAUGUGGUUUUCAACACACUGCGGUUUCACAUAUUGUGAUAUUUGUCUGGAGAAGAAGAGAUUCCUAAACAUUCGAGAGUCUGACGAGACCGCAAAACGUUUCACUGAGCAUCGAUCGGCUGCUGAAAUCUUCCAGAUCCAGUCAGACAUCUUUUUGCUUUGACACUGAACAUGUGUCGGUACUCCGGCUGUGCACUCGUUUUCUCACAAGGUUUCUUUUGACUUCUGAAAAAUUGUGACCACGGGCAAGAGUUUUUAAUUUUGUUGAUGGAUGUUCAUUUAAUGGCUGGAAUAAACGACCAGUUGUGAUGCCUUGAUGAAGAAAUAAACAUUGCUUCUUUUCCA